AUGGUUUCUACAAAAUCCGCAAGUUGCGCUCGACUUAUUAACAGCGGCAACGCGAACGCUAUUAUACAGCUCCCGGGCGCUAACUAUCUAAUCAGAUGCUGCGUGAGAUUUGACAGUGUCGAUAAGAACAACAAAUACACAUUGGAAAAUAUUGAGUACAUAAAUACUCAGGUUCGACCGCUUUUAGGAGAUUGCGUUGUGUCCCUGGAACCCGAGUUUUUAAAGCUCGAUGACUUGCUGCUAAUCUUGCGUAAUUUUGUACCAAAUUGUGACACAGAUGAGGUGGUGGCUUUGAAAAUGGAGGAUCUGACCCGCUGUAUAGACGGGACCGUGAAUGUAGAUCACUUCACCAAGAUCCACAGUACUAGAGACCACCGCACAAUUGUAUGGGAGUUCAAGCCCAAAUGGCUUGGUAAUUCCGAAUCGAGUCAUUCGCUGUGUAGGAACUGCACGCACAACAAGCUUAAGAAGAGAGACAUUCGGUAUUGCUAUGCAAUGGCGCUGAAGGACCCUGCUGAUGUUGUUUCUCAAUGCUUUUCUAGGCAGAAGGUUCCCGAACAGUUCUUGAGGGACUUGCGAGCCUAUCUUGGAAGCGAAGAAAGCAUCUUGGUAAAGUUAGCGGCUGCACAAAAGAAACUAGCUGUAGUAGCACCGCGGCCGAGUGAGCUAAACAGCGAAAGUGAUGUGACCACAGAACUCGCGCUCCUUAUGACCCUGCGAGAUGUAUCGUGUUUCAUUAGAUGGGAAGCCAGUGGCGCCAUAAGUGCGAAGAUUAUUGAUGUGGAUCUCAAGCCGAGUUCGAAAUGGCGGCACUGGGCAACUGAACAGCGCAAAGUUCAUACCUACUGUGAGCCAGUCUACCACUAG